AAGACUCCGUUGUUAAUAUAAGACAUUGAUGAAGUAUACAGGAGCAGGUUGUGAGGCGUUGCGUCAGCUGAGUGAGGUGUAAACAUGGAGAUGGCUGACCCACUGGACGACGUCUGUUCCCCUGAAGACUUGAAGGGUUUUGAAAAAGUUUACAAUGAAGAAUUAUGUAAAGGUGAAGUUUCAAGCAAGGCACAAUUUAAUUAUGCUUGUUUUUUAGUUCGCAGCAAAUACCCAGCAGACAUCCAGCGUGGGGUUGUGCUGUUGGAGGAGCUCUACAAACACCCAGAUGAAAUUGGUAAACGAGACUACGUGUACUACCUUGCCAUUGGGAAUGCUCGACUGAAGGAGUACCAGAUAGCACUGAAAUACCUGAAAGGACUUCUGCGGGUAGAACCAUCAAAUCGACAAGUUCUUGAACUUGAAGCGAGUAUUAAGAAGAGAAUGGAAAAUGAAGCCCUGAAAGGAGCAGCAAUAGCAGGUGGAGCUGUCCUAGGUCUUGGGGUGUUAGUGGGACUGGGUGUUGCUUUGAGCAAGAGGAAUUAAGACAUUACUCAUGGGAUGGUAUGAUGAGCAGCUGUUUUUUAACCCUUUCAGUGCAGUUGCCUUAUAAACCAGCAUCUACUUACUGUGUGGUAUACUAUAUUUAAAUAUUGAAGAAGGAAAAAUCUUAUACAUUGACUAGCAGUGAAUAGAUUACUUAUUUCUAUUUACAGAAAUAUAUAACUUGUCUCAAAACAGUUGUCUCUACUGUUCCUACACAAGAUGAGAGGGUGCUUGUCAGUAGCAGGGCAGCACUGUCACUCACGAGUAUACAAGUGUGAUUCUAUUAUAUUUAGUUGAUUUUUCUUGCUUCUGUUCCACCAUACAAUACCCUAUUAUAAUACAAUAGUAUACACUAUGAGUGAUGUCACUAAGUGCAUCUGAGUUGAUACUGUCAAUAAAAUCUACAUAAUCUGGAUUAUCUUCCACAGAUGCAUAAGCAAUCGUUGUUGUCAUACAGGUUGCUUUGCCACUAUAGGGCAAGAAAUAGCAGAUUGGCAAAGUUGAACACUUACACAAAUAUUUCAGUGAAAUAUAUCACAUGGGAAUUUAGAUACAAAAAACCCUAUGUGUACUGUUUGUAGUGCAUGGAAAGAAAAAGAAAUAGAGACCCUUUAUUUACCUGCCAGAGUGAAAGGGUUGAGAAAUUAUUAUGUAUUUAGAUACUUGUAAUUUCAUAUUAUCAAUGUAAAUAUGCUGUCUAUGAUUCAUAAUAUCAGUACUGUGCUCUUGAAAGUUGCACUCUUGGUUGUUAAGUCAAUGCCAUGGCUGAUCUUAGUGACUGGAUGAGGAAGAAUACCAAUCAUGCUUUUUCUUGUAAAUAUCUCUCAUUAUACUGUUGAUGAUUGUGUUGCUUUGGUGAUCAGUGCCAUGGUUGACACACAACCAAGGUCAUGUGCUUUAGGGCAUUAAGGGAUUUAUAUCCACCUCUUAUGCUACAAAAAGGUACUUGUGUCUUUCAUCAGUAGUCAUUGCCUUAUUGUCAGGAGAAGGUACAUAAAUAUGUAAGUCACCAGGAAACUAUUUAUGAGAGAGUGGUUUUGAAAUUAAAGUUUCCAGUAUUUGUAAAUAUAAAUAAGGUUACAUAUCAUGCUUGUAUACUGUACAGUAUUUAUCAGGAUUACUGUACUGAUAAUUGAAAAUUUCCUGUAAAGGAUUAUGACCAUUAUUUAAUGUGGGGGAGAGACUGUGACUGACUUAACCUUGGGUGUGUAUUGUAUAUUGAUUUGAGGAAAGGUGUUCCUCAUGCUUAGCAUGUUAAGGUGUUUGAUUUAUUGUAAUAUAGAAUUGUCUCAGUAAACCUUACUGGAGUUUU